GGAGCCGUUUGACCUCCCACCGGAGGAGUGGCGUUGACAGAAGGAUGGUCCAGCAGAUAGAGGCGGCAGCAUGCUGAGCGCAGCCGCCGCACAAUGCCAUAUACAAACUCAGCCGAGCAGUGGAAAGAGACGUCUUUACUUUCAUGCCAGCGCAGGGUUGACAACAAGAGCCAAACACACAGAGCCAAAGAUCAGGAAUACAGCGGUCAAACAUCAGCAGCCACUCCGGUGAUCCGCUCUGCUCAGCACAUUCAGUAAGGAGAUUUAUCACACGCAACCUGAAGAGAUGAGCGGCAGCAAGAAGAUGGAGGAUGAGGCGGUGCUGGACCGGGGGGCGUCCUUACUCAAGCACAUCUGUGACGAGGAGGAGGUAGAGGGUCACCACACCAUUUACAUCGGUGUGCACGUUCCCAAGAGCUAUCGGCGUCGGAGGCGCCACCGUCGGAGAACCAGCCACAAGGACAGAAAGGAGAAGUUGACGGAGAAUGCCUCUGACAAGUCGGACACAGAAAACAACGAUGAGGCAAGCAACAGCAUCCUCAAACCUCUAAUCUCGCCGGCAGCCGAGAGGAUCCGCUUCAUCCUCGGGGAGGAGGAUGACGGCCCGGCGCCCCCACAACUCUUCACUGAGCUGGAUGAGCUUCUGUCGGUGGAUGGACAGGAGAUGGAGUGGAAGGAGACUGCCAGGUGGAUCAAGUUUGAGGAGAAGGUAGAGAAGGGAGGUGAACGCUGGAGUAAACCCCAUGUGGCAACACUGUCCCUACAUAGCCUUUUUGAACUGCGGACGUGCAUAGAGAAAGGCACCAUCAUGCUGGACAUGGAAGCUUCCACUCUGCCUCAGGUUGUUGAACUGAUCACUGACAACCAGAUAGAGAUCGGCCAGCUGAAAGCAGACCUGAAGGACAAAGUGAUGUACACGUUGCUACGGAAACAUCGUCACCAGACCAAAAAGUCCAACCUGCGCUCUCUGGCUGACAUCGGCAAGACGGUCUCCAGUGCAAGUAGGCUGUUUUCCAACCAGGAAAACGAUAGUCCCACCACCACUCACCGGAACCUGACCUCCAGCAGUCUGAACGACAUUUCUGAUAAACCAGAAAAAGACCAGCUGAGAAACAAGUUCAUGAAGAAGUUGCCGAGAGACGCCGAGGCCUCCAAUGUGCUGGUGGGGGAGGUGGACUUCCUGGACGCGCCAUUUGUGGCGUUUGUUCGUCUGCAGCAAGCUGUGAUGCUCGGAGCCCUGACAGAGGUUCCUGUUCCCACAAGAUUUUUGUUUAUCUUGCUUGGACCCAAAGGCAAAGCCAAAUCGUACCAUGAGAUUGGCAGAGCGAUCGCCACGCUGAUGUCAGAUGAGGUCUUUCAUGACAUUGCGUAUAAGGCCAAGGACAGACAAGACCUGCUGGCUGGUAUCGAUGAGUUCCUGGAUGAGGUGAUCGUGCUUCCUCCUGGAGAGUGGGACCCGGCCAUCAGGAUAGAGCCUCCAAAAUCCCUCCCCUCCUCUGACAAAAGGAAAAACAUGUAUGCAGGAGGCGACUCUCAGAUGAAUGGAGAUAUGCCUCACGAUGAAGGUCACGGAGGAGGGGGACACGCUGUAGGGGAUGAGCUGAAGAAGACUGGAAGGUUUUGUGGGGGUCUCUUACUUGACAUCAAAAGAAAAGCGCCUUUCUUUGUCAGUGACUUCACCGAUGCAUUUCACAUUCAGGCCUUGUCGGCCAUUUUGUUUAUUUACCUGGGAACUGUGACGAACGCCAUCACCUUUGGUGGUCUGCUGGGGGAUGCUACAGACAACAUGCAGGGUGUGUUGGAGAGUUUUCUAGGCACAGCGAUCACUGGCGGGGUAUUCUGUUUGCUGGCUGGCCAGCCUCUCACCAUCCUCAGCAGCACUGGUCCUGUUCUGGUGUUUGAAAGGCUGCUCUUCAAUUUCAGUAGAGAUAAUGACUUUGACUACCUGGAGUUCCGCCUGUGGAUCGGCCUGUGGUCGGCGUUCUUCUGCCUGGUGCUCGUGGCCACUGACGCCAGCUUCUUGGUUCAGUACUUCACCCGGUUCACUGAGGAGGGCUUCUCCUGUCUCAUCAGCUUCAUCUUCAUCUAUGAUGCCUUCAAGAAGAUGCUAAAAUUAGCUCAUCACUAUCCCAUCAACUCUGACUUUAAGAUGGAAUAUAUCACACAGUAUGAAUGCCUCUGUAUGGCCCCUGCUGUUCUGGAAAACAGUACAAACAUCAUCACUGAUCCUUCAGAGGAUACUCAAUUCUGGUUCUGGAACAACACUGAUCUGUCAAUGAACACCACAUGGUCAUCCCUCACAAAGACGGAGUGCUUGAAGUACAAAGGAGAGCUGGUGGGGAAGGCCUGCGAGUUUGUCCCAGACAUCACCCUCAUGUCCUUCAUCCUGUUCUUUGGAACUUACACCUGCUCCAUGUGUCUGAAGAAGUUCAAGACCAGCCCGUUCUUCCCCACCACUGUGAGGAAACUCAUCAGUGACUUUGCCAUCAUCCUGGCCAUCCUCAUCUUCUGUGGAGUUGAUAUGCUCGUAGGAGUCGAUACUCCCAAACUCAUUGUGCCAACUGAAUUCAAGCCAACAAGUCCUAACCGGGGCUGGUUUGUGCCCCCGUUCGGAGGAAACCCCUGGUGGGUUUACCUGGCAUCGGCUCUUCCUGCCCUGCUGGUCACCAUACUGGUCUUCAUGGACCAACAGAUUACUGCUGUCAUCGUCAACAGGAAGGAGCACAAGCUGAAGAAAGGGGCAGGUUACCAUCUGGAUCUAUUCUGGGUGGCUGUUCUGCUGGUGCUUUGCUCCUUCAUGGGUCUGCCGUGGUACGUGGCUGCCACCGUGAUCUCUAUUGCUCACAUCGACAGUCUGAAGAUGGAAACUGAAACUUCGGCUCCUGGAGAACAGCCAAAGUUUCUGGGUGUGAGAGAGCAGAGACUCACUGGUGUGUUUGUGUUCAUCCUGACAGGACUGUCUGUAUUUAUGUCUCCUAUUUUAAAGUUUAUCCCCAUGCCUGUGCUGUAUGGAGUCUUCCUAUACAUGGGAGUCGCCUCUCUCAAUGGAGUGCAGUUUAUGGAUCGUCUCAAGCUGCUUUUGAUGCCAGCGAAGCAUCAGCCAGACCUGGUUUACCUGCGGCAUGUUCCCCUCAGGAAGGUCCACCUCUUUACCUUCAUCCAGAUCCUUUGCUUGGCUAUGCUCUGGAUACUCAAGUCCACUGUGGCUGCUAUUAUAUUCCCCGUCAUGAUCCUCGCUCUGGUAGCCGUCAGAAAAGCGAUGGACUACAUGUUCUCCCAGCAUGACCUCAGCUUCCUGGAUGAUGUCAUCCCAGAGAAGGACAAGAAGAAGAAAGAAGACGAGAAAAAGAAAAAGGGAAAACGCGGCAGCAUAGACAGCGACGCUGAAGACUCUGAUUAUCCUUACAAUGAGAAUGUUCCCAGCAUUAAAAUCCCCAUGGACAUGAUGGAGCAGGAGCCCUUCUUAGGUGAUAAGGCCUCUGACAGAGAUAAGUCCCCAUCAUUCCUUGAGCGACACACGUCGUGCUGAGAAGCUUCGCUAUUACCAGGCCAACUACUUGUCCAGCCCUGAGAUGAGUCCGCUGAAGUCUGUGCCUCAGAUUAGAAUAGAAAUGGACCCAGACGAUGAUAAUACGUUCUACUGGAAGAGCAGAGGAUCUGAAACGUCUCUGUAGAGCACCGAACCACCACCAGGCGAAUCCUGCAAGACAACUCUCUCUUUGACUUUCCUUUAUUCUUUUUAACUCAAACGAAAUCCUUUCCACGGUCUCAAAACUUUGUUGUGAAAAGGUGGUACAGAAAAAAGGGACGCGCUAAGGGAAAAAAAAGGCAGUCUUAACACGACAGUACAUUUCUUAUAAUGAAGCUAUUUUAAAACCAUUUCUUUCCUCACAAUCUUGUCUUGAUAUUCUUCUCACAGCUCCACAGGAAACAGUCUCUGUUUUCUGACACUUAAAUGUAACUCCUUACUACUCUUCUAUGCAACUCAUCCCACAUAUUGCUGAUCAACAGUAAAUGCUGCAGCUCUCUUUGACCAUGCAUGGUACGCCCUCCCUGCUCUUUUUAUAUAAAUAUAUAUAAAUAUCUGUCUGAUUUUUUUAUAUAAAUUGAAUUACUCUAAUAACAUUUUCCUGUAGCAGGAAAACUAUGUUUUUAUAGCUCUACCUCUUAUUUUAGAUCAAUUGCUUAUCAUGAACAAAUGCAACAUGUUGAUUUUUUGAUGCAGCAUGGGAUUUUGAUAUUUUCUCUGUCCUCUUGUAGAGUUGAAAUGAUUCAAGAGAUUCACUGUAUUAUAGCAUGUGAAGGAAAUGUGUGCAAAUAGAUCUUUUAAGUUAAUUAACAGUUAAUAAGUGCAUAUUUCUAUGUGCAGAUGGGGUAAAUAUUUUUAUUAUCACUUUCUGAUGCAGUUUUGUUUGCUUCACUAUCUCUUUCUAAUUUUCUGAAUCUUUCUUUCACAUGUUCACUUCAAAGCUUUUCUUACUUGUUUAAAUUAAAUCCUACAUUUCUUUCCCUCUUUUUUUAAUGAUCAUGUUGUGUGUAUGUUGGUAACCUUUUCUUGUGUCUUUCAUUUUUGUUUCUUUCUGGGUAGAAAACAGUUCAGCUAAACAUAAUCAUCCGAUUUUCCUCAGCCAAACUUAAACUCUAACUAGGAGUGCAUAUCAUAUAAUUGCUUGUGCUGCACAAACUACUCUACCUAAGUGGCUUAUAAGAGAUCAAUCCAGAUUGAAAUUCAUAUGGUAACGGUAUGACAAAUGAGAAUGGAAUCAAAUCCAUAUAAGCUCCAUGCAGUGGGACAGCUUCAGUCCACAGCAGGUUUAUUUCUUUUUGUCUCAGCUGCUGUUGGAAUUAUCUGAUGUGAAAAUGGGAUCACACGUUUUUUUUGUUUAUGUUUUAUACACUAAAAGAUUUGGAUUAAGUCUAUCUUAAUACACUCACAUGCCAUACUGUAUACUACUACUACUGCUACUACCCUCAGUGUACAGGACUGGUCGCUUUUGUAAUUCUUCCGGUCUAUAAAGGGCAUUACGCAGUCUCUUCAUAGAGCCACUAAAUUGGAACUUAUAAGGUGACUAGGUCCACCAUCUGUAUUCUGUGCAAAAACGUGAAAGCUAAUAUGAGUAUAUUCACACAUACAGACACAAAGAGGCUGGCCGACUCCUAAAAGCUUUUUGCCUUUUUCCAAUUGGACAGUUAUAUUCUUACAUUGCCAUUAUAUUGCCGCUAUUGAGUUAAUUCUCCAAGCGGUGUAUUUCCAUGUAUUUUUCUGCAUGUUAAAUAUAAAAGAUUUCUUCACAGCAGCCAUUUUGACAUGAAAUAGCAGGGUAAACACAGGUCUUACCAAUGAUACAAACUACUACUACUAUUUAAUGUAAAAAAUGCUGCUGUGAAAAAAGGUCUGUUGUAAAACUUCUGCAAUUGGUUCUUGCAAAGUCGACACUUGUGUUGUUGAACCUUUCUCAGCUUUGCAAAGUCACCACUGGGCGCCUCGAGUCCUGUGCGAGCAUGCGAGUGGUAUGUUAAGGUAGACUUAUAAAAAUCCAAUCUCAUCCUUAAAACUGUUGUUUUUACGAAUCAAUCUGCUCAAAUGAGGCAGAAGAUGUACAAACUUUAUAUUCACUGCAUAUUUCUACUUCACAGCAUUCCUUACAGAGGGACCAGUGAGUCCACUGUCAUAUAAAGAAAAAAUUGAGCCUCUCAUAUCUGACAACUUGACUUUCAUUGGCCAGUAUUACCGACAGUACAACGAGCCAGAAUGGCUUCUUAAGCACCGUUUGUCAUUACAGUAUCCCCACUUUAUCUCUAAGGGCACACUAAAGCACACUUCUUAAAUUUUUGAGUAGUGGGUCACAGAUUUAAUUUUAAGAUGGAAGUCCUCUCUGUCUUCAUCACCACUAUAGAAAUACAUUUUAACUGCGUGAUAAAUGAGCCGCCUUCCCUUCUCUAAAAAUCAUGUACAUACAGUGAAGGCAUGUCGGCUCGAACCAAAAUGCACCAAGUUACUUUGUACCGUCUUGAUCGUUGUGUUUAAUUUGAUUUUGUCAGUUUCAGAUCAUCUGCCGAAGUAAUGUCAUUUAUACUCCACAUCAGUGUUUGUAGCUGUCAACAGCAGGGAGUGGAAGCAAGUGUGACUUAAUGUCUGAGACACAUUAUUUGUGGAGUUGUUCAUUUAAAGUGUGUCGUACAGUGUAAGCAUGUGGGACAAAAAUCUACAACAUGAAAUGAAAUACCUGUUAAUUUUAGCGUACCGAAAACUGAUACUGACUGUUUGUUUUUGAUUAACGUUUUGUGAUUUUUUAGAGCAGGUGAAAUGGUUUAUUUUAGAAUUUAUAUUUUUCAAAUGAAAUGUAUAUUGAAAAUAAACAGAAUGAUCGAACAGU